UGUGUUGAACAUCCAGGCGCAUGAAGCUUCUCUUCAAUGUUUACGUGGGUGCAGCUGUGUAGAAGACCGUCAUGGAAGGUCUCUCAUAUGUAUGGAGGAGAGCGCGUUUGGGGCCAUACCAGAGAACCUUCCAGAUGAUAUGACCAAAAUACGCAUAGAGAAAUCUCACUUUACUGAGAUACCCAGAGCAGCUUUCUCUACAACGCCCGCUUUGGAGAACUUGUGGCUGAACUUCAAUGACAUCACACUGAUAAACUCAAAGGGUCUGGAGGGUUUGGGGAACUUAACCGAGCUCCGUCUUCAGGGAAACAAGCUCCGUUCAGUACCAUGGACAGCGUUCGAGGACACGCCGGCCCUCAAGAUCCUGGACCUGAAGCACAACCAGCUGGACGUCCUGCCGGAGCAUGCGUUAAAAUUUUUGCCAGGUCUGACUUACUUAGACUUAUCCUUCAAUCGGCUUACGGUCAUAUCGAAGGAGGUCUUCCAAAACUGGCCUCUUUACCAAAAACUCCAGAGCGCGGAGGAGAGAGAGUCGACGGCUUUCGGCUCGAACGUCGUGCUGGCGCUCCACGACAACGCGUGGCUCUGCGACUGCCGCCUCAAGGGCUUCGUGGAGUUCAUCCGGUCCCUGACUCCCCCGAUUAUCCUGAUGAACUCCUACUUGACCUGCUCAGGGCCGGACUCUAGGGCGGGAAAGUUCUUCCAUGACGUCGGGCUGCAGGCGUGCGUGAAGCCCGUCGUCACCACGCCGUCCUCCAACAUCAGCCUGCCGCAGGGCGCCAACCUCACCCUGCGCUGCCUCGCCAAGGCCAGGCCGGACCCCGCGGUGUGGUGGACAUAUGGUCUGAAGAUAAUCAGAGGAUUUCAUGAGUCUCAGGAGAGAGUGGAUGAGAACACCAUCAGAUCUCUCCUGGUGAUCCCGUCCGUCCACGCAGCUGACCGUGGUCUCUACACCUGUACUGCUGUCAACUUUAUUGGAAACUCCUCUGCCAGCAUCCUCCUGGACAUCCACUCUCCUGACGGCUCCCCGGCAUCUCCCCACCCCGGCAUCGCUGCGUCACCUGCUGUCGCUGAUGAAAACAUCUACAUUGACAUCCGCAUUGCUAAACAGACAGUCCGCGGUAUCACCAUUGAGUGGCACGCUGCCUUGGACCGCCCAGCUGAAACCUGGUUCACCAUCCACUUCGGCCUCGCAGGCGACAAUAGGAAAGAAACGAUCUACAUCGGCCCUGGGAUUAGCUCUUACUCUGUCUCUGACCUGAUGCCUGCCACCAAAUAUGAAAUCUGCGUAACCCUUAAGAACCAGACACCACGUCUCGGCCAGUGCAUUGUGUUUGUAACAGGAAGUGACAUCACUGAGAUGGAACAGAGGGAGAAGCUGAUUCAUAUCGUGGUGAUAGUUUUAGCCAUGGUGCUAGCUGUGCCUAUAGGUAUGUAUGCCUGCACCACUGACACUAAGUUUGACUGCCUGGAGGGUCUCAUGGUGUCCUGGAAGAACUGGCGGCAGGAAAGCAGCUCGUCAGAGGUGGUGCGAGAGAGGCAGGGCACCUUCGACAGCCUGCAGGCCGCUAGCGACGAGGGCCUGGUUAAUAAAGAUUCCAGGGAAGACAGGAAGGACUCGGAGUUUGUUGCAAAGAUGUGAAUGAUGACCGUUUUAUCAAGAGUUUAAUUCAAGGAUUUUCACCACAAUGCAUUCCUGUCUGAAAUAUGACAAACUGGUUUUAUGAUAUAUUCAAUUGUCAAUUAUCACACACUUAAACUUGCUGCUUCAUACCGAGCCUUUCUGACUCACGGCUGCUUCUGAUGAGUACACUUCACACAAAAAAACUCUUUCAGUAGUGGGUGCAUACUUUAUCUUUAUUAUGGAAUUCUGUGUUAGCACUUUAAUAUUGCUCUAUGUAUUUAUAUAUGUAUUUACCUAUUUAUCAGACCUGUCAAUUACGUUGACAUAUUUUUACCAUUACAUAAUGCUAUUAAACCUCUUAAACAAGAUGAUGUAAAAUAAUGAAAGUGAUUGUGACUCUAGAAUGCAGUAUGUUACAAAUACAUGUUGAGCUAUUUUAUUGUUCUUUGAAAGAGCAAGAAUACACAUCAUGUAUCAGUGGAUUUGUGCAAAUACACUAUAUGAAAUCUUUAAUUUCGCUUUUCAUUUUCA